GUGUGUGUUUUGUGACUUACGUUUUAUGCUUUUCUUGAAACAAAAAGAAGAGUAACAAAAAAAACAACAACAAAAGUAUUUAAUUGUUUUUACCGUUUUAACAGAAUUUCUUUUAUUAUUUUCAACGUUUUCAAUAACAAUUAUUGAAUCAGCAUUAAAUUUUUAUUGUAUAAAAAUAUCAUAUUUUAACAAAGCAGUAAAUAGCAAGCAAGUGAAGAAAGAAAUUUUAAGCUAAAAAUAAAUAUGUCUGAAACAAAAAGUUUUUCCAGCAUUGAAACUCCUGGCUAUGUGGGCUUUGCCAAUCUACCCAAUCAGGUGCAUCGUAAAUCGGUUAAAAAAGGUUUCGAAUUUACAUUAAUGGUGGUGGGCGAAUCUGGUUUGGGCAAAUCCACUUUGGUGAAUAGUUUGUUCCUAACAGAUCUCUAUCCGGAACGUGUUAUACCCGAUGCUAUAGAGAAACAAAAACAAACGGUUAAACUGGAAGCCUCUACGGUGGAGAUUGAGGAGCGUGGUGUUAAGCUGCGUUUAACGGUGGUGGAUACACCGGGCUUUGGUGAUGCCAUCGAUAAUGGUGAUAGUUUUAGUGCCAUACUGGAGUAUAUUGAUGAGCAAUAUGAACGGUUUUUGCGCGAUGAGAGCGGCCUAAAUCGUCGCAAUAUUGUGGACAAUCGUAUACACUGCUGUUUUUAUUUCAUAUCACCAUUUGGUCAUGGUUUAAAACCUUUGGAUGUGGAAUUUAUGAAGAAACUACACUCCAAAGUGAACAUAGUGCCUGUUAUUGCCAAAGCUGACUGUCUGACUAAAAAGGAAAUCUUGCGUUUAAAAUGCCGCAUUAUGCAAGAAAUCGAAGAUCAUGGCAUUAAAAUCUAUCCACUGCCCGAUUGUGAUUCCGAUGAGGAUGAAGACUAUAAAGAGCAGGUUAAACAACUCAAAGCCGCUGUGCCCUUUGCCGUGUGUGGUGCCAAUACUUUGCUAGAAGUUAAGGGCAAAAAGGUCCGCGGCCGUUUAUAUCCCUGGGGUGUGGUUGAAGUGGAAAAUCCAGAACAUUGUGAUUUCAUUAAAUUGAGAACCAUGUUGAUAACCCACAUGCAGGACCUGCAAGAGGUCACCCAAGAGGUACACUAUGAAAACUAUCGUUCGGAUCGUUUGGCCAAGGGCAUUAAGAACAAGGAGAAUGGCAUUAAACCCGAACGUGACUCUUUAGUGCCCACCCAAAUUAUGGCGAACAGUAGUAUGUUGGGUGAGAAAGACCGGAUAUUGCAGGAGAAAGAAGCCGAACUUAGGCGCAUGCAAGAAAUGCUCAACCAAAUGCAGGCUAAAAUGCAAGCGCAGCAAUAGAGUAAACAGUUUGACAAACACUAUAUAUAGACCAGCACCUUUUUGUUAGUUUUAAGUACUUUAUUAUUAAAGAAAACAAA